CCAAGCGAAACCCCGUCCUACUUAGUAUCCGGAUACGCUUGGGUCCACGUGGCGUGGAUCCGGACGACCACAUCAUGGCCUGGUCAUUUGGCAGAAUGCUCAACUCGGUCCAGAGCGCGUGCUACGUGGCGCUCCUCGCGCUCACGGCCGCGUCCAACUUCGUGCUCGUGCCUGUGAACGCGCAGCUCAUCAUCUCGGCGACGUCGAUCGUGUACAUUGGUGCGACCUUGAGCCUCAAGCUCAAGCAGAAGCGCGAUGCGGCCGGCGAGAAGAACGACGAGGCGAUGACCAAGGAGGACGCGUACAUGUUUCCCGUCGUCGGCUCGUGCAUGCUGCUCGGGCUCUACAUCCUCUUCAAGUUUUUCGACAAGGACAUGGUCAACCUCCUCUUGACGUCGUACUUUGCCUUGAUUGGCACGUACUCGCUCACGGAAGCCUUCUCGCCGCUCGUCCGCGCCGUCGCCUUCUCCGAGACAGAGCGCCACUACAAGCGCUCGAUCGCGUUGCCCUACUUUGGCGCGCACGUGCUCGACGUGACGCCGUCGUGGUGCGUCACUGGCGUCCUUGCGGCCCUCUUUGCGGCCGCUUGGUUCCAGACCAAGCACUUUGUGCUCAACAACAUCUUUGGCAUCUCGCUCUCGAUCAAGGGCAUCGAGUCGCUCUCGCUUGGCAGCUAUAAGGUCGGCGCGAUCCUUCUCUGCGGCCUCUUUUUCUACGAUAUUUUCUGGGUCUUUGGCACCGACGUCAUGGUCACGGUCGCCACCAAGUUUGACGGACCGAUCAAGCUCCUCUUCCCGCGGGCAUUUGCGACCGCGACCGAGAAGGCCAAGUUUUCGAUCCUGGGCCUCGGCGACAUUGUGAUUCCUGGCAUCUUUGUCGCGCUCCUCCUCCGCUUUGACGCCCACAUGGCGAAAGCAACGACGGCCGGCGACGCGUUUCCCAAGCCGUACUUCCACAUCAACAUUCUCUUUUACGUGCUCGGGCUCGUGGCCACUGUCGUCGUCAUGAUCGUCUUCAACGCGGCGCAACCCGCGCUCCUGUACCUCGUGCCCGCCUGCCUCGGGUCGUCACUGCUGACGGCCCUUGCCCGCGGCGAGCUCAAGGAGCUCCUCGCCUACUCGGAAGAAGACGAGGAAGAAUCCAAGGACGCCACGCCCGCCGAGGCCAAGAAGGACCAGUAGACGCGACAUGAUGGCAAACACCAAUUUACGCUUUUCUCGUAGUACUAUUUGCUGUCUUGCUGC